GGACUGUACCUACCGCCAACCAUACACAAGAUACCAGGUAUCUUGUCGUCGCUACCCAAAGUGCCCAUCGUCCACGUACGUCCAUUUUUGCCUCCACUGCCAGGAUGAUUCCCGAAAGUUGGGACCGGUUGAGCGGGACGGGACGAGCAAUCACAUCUGGAACACUUUGCUUUUUGAUGCCUAAAGACAUCGGCUCAGCCCUAACGAAGAUACUCGACUGUUGUGCCCUCGAAAAUUACAUCCUGCGGGUCUGUAAUUCUUCCUCGUAGGUAGGUAAGGACGUCGAUGAUGGUAGAUUCCUACCACGUGAUCUUAUCAGACUCCAGCCAUCUUAUUUUCCCCUCAUCCGCAUCCACCAGGAUUAUUCCCAGCCGACCCCUCCUUCGCCUUCGCCCGCCCCCUUUGCCUCGCCCACCAGGAACAGCCGCUGUCACGGCACAGGGCCGCUCUCGCUCGCUCCCAGGCCGCACAACUCCUUCGUCUUGGAAUCUCUUGUUUUUGCAGAACUACCGACCAUUUCAUAUUUUAUAGACCACGAUACUAUAUCGAAUGUCCCGGAUUUGAGUUACUCGUCCCUCUUUUUGAUCUUUUCCAUCCGGCUUGAGCGCGUUCGUCCUGCAUCCUGACAUCACCCGCCCACUGCGACCGAGUAAGAAUACCCUGAAGUUGGACAUGCCUGCAGACUCAGGUGCGUAGCGGACCACUCAGCAACCUGCGGAGUCGAAGGUUUCACGCAGAAGACACACCAGAAGACCCAUGAAAUCAAAGCCGCCCGACCUGUGACAGCGCACCAUUCUUACCUCAAUCACAUUUCCAGUCAACGAGCAUCCAGCCAGCCAGCCAGACGAGUAGAGAGGAGCGAGACAGGGAGCCAACCCAAUCCACUCCUACCCAACCCAACCCCUCCACUGCGACAGUCGUCAUCCCACCACGAGCAGAUACGAAAAGAGCUGAACCGAGCAGCCUCAUCGCUACAUAACCCAUUCGCUGCUCCGGUGUUGACCCAUCAACGACUUCAAUCCUCUUCGAUUCGAUCUGCUAUCUGCUUGCUGACCGCCGAGACCUCACUUCGCACACCCGCAGCGAUCAGGAGUCAUGUCUCGACGUGGUGAUGCCGUAUACGAGGAGCGCGAUUACUAUUCCCGUGAAGGACCACCUCCCGUGCGGACUCGAGAACGAGAAUAUGAAGAGACAGAUAUCUACAGCAGGCGUGGCCCAGAACGAGGAAAUCGACCUGAUUUCCUCCGUGAUGAUUAUGGCAGAGGUGAACCUGGAACGAUGGUGCUGAGGGAGCGAGAUACAGAAACGUUCUCAAGACCUUUUGAGCGAAGACCCCGAUCCCCUUCUCCAGUGAGGAUAGUGCGCGAAAGCCGCGAGAGAGUCAUUGAGAGAUCACCAAGCCCACCUCAACAACUCGAGCGUGUCCGAACCCGAGUUGUAGAGCGAGAGCGACGAUCGCCUUCCCCAGUGCAAUCCGAGCGAGUCAGAACUACGCGGAUCGUCGAGAGACGAGACCCGUCACCACCUCCCCCAGAGAGGCUUCGGGCUAGAGUCAUCGAGACAAGAGAGAGAUUCCGUGAGAGGUCUCCAUCGCCAGUGCAUGUCCGCGAGAGGGUCGUUGAGAGGGAGAGGGAAAUUAGGGCACGAACACCAUCACCACAUAUCGAUCGAGUCCGCAUUCGAAAUUUCGAAGAGCGAGAAAUCAGACAGCCGACACCCUCUCCAUCUCCAUCUCCCCCUCCUGCUCCACAGAUCCGCGCUCCUGCUAUUCACCAAGAGAUAAUCACUCACCAUCGACACAUUGAUCAUGGCUUUGAGCUUGCUCGAGUCCCAUCUCCGCCCCCACCACCCCGCCGAACCGAGAACCGUAUGAAAGAAACCGAUAUUGACAUCCACACGCACCGAGGGCAUACUGAUGUGGAUAUCAAGACAAAGACGACAAAAACAACCAAUGCCCGCUCGUUGACCCCACCACCGCGCCAUGAACAUUACCACGAUGAUAGUUACCUUUAUGAACAAGAGCGAAAUCAGUUGCGUGUCCGGGACACCAGACUCGACAUCCAUGCCAGGCGCAGUGUCAGUGCGAGACCUGAACACCGAGACAGAAGCAGAAGCAGGACUCGCAUUGAUAUCAGAGGUGACGACGAUGAGGCUGAUUAUUAUGCUCGCAAAGCUAGUGAACGUGCCUACAUUGGAGAAGCCUACAAUGGUGCAACAAAAGACUGGUCUAUAGUCGAUGUUCCCCCAGGAACCGAGCGGGUGAAAAUGGAUGGCGUUGGUGGUGGAAGUCAAGAAAUUACCUGGCAGAAGUACAACGGAGUCCGCAGAAGCAAGUUCAUUCCUGAGCGCGAGCGUGAAAGAGAGCAUAUCAGCGAUCGAACCGAACGAGUGGAGAUUAGGGAUGAACCGAGGCGAGAGAGCAGCGGGCUAGAAAUCGAGAUUUCAACUCGGAGCCGAAGACAAGGUGGUGGUGGAUCCUAUGAACGCGAGUAUGAGAGGAUCGAAGAGACUUCUAACCAGCAAGUCGGGUUCCCACGCGCUCCACCCAAGCAACGAGUUGGCGAUCUUUGGACAGAGAUCACCAAGGACCUUGUGGUUCGCGAAGCUAUCGAGGAGAUGGGCUAUGAUUUUGAAGAGACGGAGUUUUUCUACUACAUCAUUCAAUAUCUACGUUAUGUAAGUUUCUCGCUCAAGAUCCAACUGACAAGUACUAAUCCAAAUGUAGGAGGAUGUCCUUGAAUUGGUAUCUCUCUCCGAGACCAUCCGUCGCGAACGCCAGGAACGCAUCCGCGAAAUUCAACGUGAGCGAGAUCGUCUGGAACGUCGAGACCGGGAAAGAGAGGAAUGGGAGCGCAGAGAACGACGACGAGAGCGAGACUCCGGCUUUUCAGACGAGAGGAUCAUCGAGCGCGAAAUCAUUUACGACAACCGAGGACCGCCGCCGAGACGAGGUGGCUGGUAAAUAUACACAGAUACAGCAUGACAGACAUAUACACCAUGGCGUUAUGAGACAGGGACGUAAGUUCGGCAAUGGGCGGAUACUACAGGACAUGAACAUGAACAGACAUUUACGGUACUUUUAACGAAAUCACGAGUAACGGACUAGGGCAGCAUGAUGCCGAUGUUUUCUUGCUUGCAUAGCGCGCACUGGGAUCUCGAGCUCUUCUAGUUGAUAUUUUCUCGUCUUUUUAUCUACUUGAGCUCUUCCUUGCAACCUCGAUACCGAUACCUAUUUCAAAGCUUUUCUGGCUUGGUCUUUUUCACUGAAUGAAGGGAGCUUUCCACAACUUGGGUACCCAGGCCCAGAUCAUAUACGGCAGAACAUGUAUAGUGGGUAACAGAUGGACUUUUUGAAUCGCAUUUGGAGCGUGCAAGGAGGAGGGAAUGGUGAGGACAGUUUUUUGGUUUUGGACUGGCUUACGUGGAGUCGGUGAAAAACGACGAGGAGUGCAGGAAGCGGAAUUGAUUGGUUGUACCGGUGGCUGGCACGAUUUGGAUCGAUUUUUGUCAGUUGUUUGGUAGGUCGGAUUCGUGGCAAGGACGAAAGGGUGUAAUGGCUAUAGAUUCCAUAUAUCUGCAUUUAUGAAUGAAUG